GGGCUGGCUUGCAGGCCCUCGGAGCCCGCGAUACGGCCCGAAUGCUGAAGAGUGCGAACGAACAGAAAUAUAAAAAAACGAAAACCCAUCUAUAUCCAUCGUCUUCUUCGGACUCUCGUAGAGCUCUGAAAAUGGCGGCAUCAGCAUCCACGCUUCACCUCCUCCCUUCUCUUCCUCCAUUUGGCGCUUCCACUGCACGGCCUCAGCGGCGUCAUCUCGUGUCCUUCAAGACUUCGCGCGUCUCUCCAGUGAAUGCAUUUUCCUCCUCCUCCUCCUCCUCCUCCUCCUCCUCCGGCUCCUUCGGUGGAAGGAGACUCGGUCCCAUCGUCCUCACUAGAGCUGCUACUCCACUUUGCACGAGGCACCAGCAAGAAGAAGAUGAGGAGGAAGUUGAAAUUAACGAGGACGAGGAAGUAGAAGAAAUCGAACAUGAAGACUAUGAAGAAGAAGAGGACGACGAGCAAGACCUGCAAGCUGUCAACAUAGCCGAAGAUGUUACACAGUUGAUUGGGAGAACGCCAAUGGUAUAUCUCAACAAGGUCACGAAAGGCUGUGUGGCUAAUAUUGCUGCUAAACUUGAAUCUAUGGAACCAUGCCGAAGCGUUAAAGAUAGGAUCGCUUAUAGCAUGAUAACUGAUGCAGAAGAGAGAGGAUUAAUCUCACCCGGAAAGAGCAUACUGGUUGAACCGACCACUGGAAAUACAGGACUUGGCAUUGCUUUUGUCGCUUCUGUCAAGGGAUACAAAGUAAUUGUCACCAUGCCUGCAUCAAUUAAUGUUGAAAGGAGAAUACUAUUACGUGCUUUUGGUGCUGAUAUUGUUUUGACUGACCCUGAGAGAGGCCUGCAAGGUGCUGUUGACAAAGCUGAAGAAAUUGCCCUUAGGAUGCCAAACGCUUACAUGUUUCAACAGUUUGAUAAUCAGGCGAAUGCAAAGAUACAUUUCGAAACCACAGGACCAGAAAUAUGGGAGGACACAAUGGGUAAUGUUGACAUACUCGUUGCUGGAAUUGGAACCGGUGGUACGGUUACGGGUACUGGGCGUUACUUGAAAAUGAUGAACAGAAACAUUAAGGUAAUUGGUGUGGAGCCUGCAGAGAGGAGCGUAAUAUCAGGGGAAAAUUCAGGAUACGUCCCUAGCAUCUUGGAUGUUAAAUUGCUUGACGAGGUUGUUAAGGUUACCAAUGAUGAAGCCAUCCGAAUGGCAAGGAGGUUAGCUUUGGAAGACGGUUUAUUGGUUGGCAUUUCUUCUGGAGCUGCUGCAGCUGCUGCCAUUAGUUUAGCAAGCAGACCCGAAAACGCAGGAAAACUUAUAGCGGUAAUUUUUCCAAGUUUUGGAGAGAGGUACAUCCCUACUGUUCUGUUCAAUUCUAUCCACGAGGAAGUUCGAAAAUUGUGACACUGUAAGAAUUUGAGACGGAUGAACGUCCCCCUUCAAGCCAAGGGGCGAGCUUGUCCAUACGGUCUUUUGCAAAUGACGAGGCCUUGUCUACAUUCUGAUGGAGAGAACUAAAAAGGGCUGACUUCUGGAGCAAUUUUUGCAUGGAAGCACCAAAAGUAGGCAUAAAAAUUUGUGGACAUCCUUGGACUUGCUCGCCCGAGAAAAGAGAUGAUAAAGACAGGUGAAUUUUCCUUGAAUUGUCCCAUUGUUGAGUCUCUUACGGACUGAUCGAUAUCCCAUAAUCAGAUGGUUGUUCGUCCUAGUUUGUGUGUACACAAAGAUCGAAGCAAACUUGUAGGGCAAGGUUGAUCUGCUUCUUGACGAGUCCAUUGAUCAUCCUCAAUAUGUUUAAUCCCUUUUGCUCUCUCUGCCCUAGUUAUCAUAGAUGUUUCAUUUAUUACUGGAGAAAGAGGAUGUCCGUUCAAAUGUAUGAAAUGGUCAACAGGCAUAUCCUCCUGUUUUUUUUUCUGCAACUGUAAAUAUGCAGCAGCAUCAAAUUG